CCUGGCCAUCAGCAAUAUUAAUAGUUUCUUCCACAAGUGAAUCCCUCCUUGUCUCGCUGUGUUUCAUUUCUUCUGUUUUCCACCUGUUGUGGCAAACAUAUCCGACAUUUCCCUUUGACUCAUCAUUAUAAACAAUAAAAUGCAGUGCCAUUCUGUGAUCAAAAUUAAUGAAUGCAGCCGACGCCUUGAGACUCUGAGCGCGAGCGAGCAAUUACAUCACCAUGGUAACUGUGGCCGUCUUCAUUCCGGAUCCAGGGGAAUGGUGCGUGUUUGCUGGCUUGUUAGGCGGGAUGGGAGCCACCAGCCUAUCAAACUCGCCCAUCUUCAAACAGUCCUGUUAGGCCGGGGUCCUGAAACCAAAAUAAUAGACAAGAAGUGCUCCAGGCAACAAGUACAACUAAAGGCAGACUACAAUAAAGGAUACAUCAGUGUGAAGCAGCUGGGUGUAAAUCCAACCAGUGUGGACUUGGUGGAUGUUGGUAAAGGCAAUGAAGUGAAGCUGAAGCCAGGGCAACUUCUGCACAUAGUCAAUCAGAAGUAUCCCUACACAGUGCAGUUCAGGGAGGGGGCUGCAGACAACACAAUCUCUCCCACCAAAGAGGGAAAGCCAAGUUCAAAGAGACCACAGGAGGCCAGCCCUGAAAACAGCAGUGCUAAAAGCGCACCCCUAAGCAGCAAGAUUCCAAGGUUGGAGGCACCAAACAGGGAUUCUGAAAGAUGUAGACAGGAAAGCCACAGCAGUACCUCCGUUCCUUCUCCUAAAGCACCAGAGAGAAAGGAGUCUGGAGGACACUGGAGUCAAGGACUAAAAUCCUCUAUGCAGGACCCCAAGAUGCAGGUUUACAAAGACGAGCAAGUGGUUGUUAUAAAGGACAAGUACCCCAAAGCCCGGCAUCAUUGGCUGGUGCUUCCCUGGGAAUCGAUCUCCAGCCUGAAGGCAGUCAAGAAGGAGCAUUUGGCCCUCCUGAAGCACAUGCACAGCGCUGGGGAGAAGAUAGUACAAGAUUGCCCUGCCUUCAGCACGCUGCAGUUUCGACUGGGAUAUCAUGCCAUUCCAAGCAUGAGCCACGUCCAUCUUCAUGUUAUCAGCCAAGACUUUGAUUCCCCUUUCUUGAAAAACAAAAAACACUGGAAUUCCUUUACAACAGAAUAUUUUCUUGAAUCUCAAGAUGUCAUGGAAAUGGUGGAGAGAAACGGAAAAGUCACAGUAAAGGAUGGGACCAACGAAUUGCUUAAACUGCCACUCCGAUGUCAUGUCUGCAGAAAGGAGCUGUCCACUAUUCCUCAGUUAAAAGAACAUUUGAAAAUGCACUUGCCAUAGUCAUAUGAACUGGAGUUUAACCAGAAAGAUUAUUAAAAUACGCUGUUUAUCUCAGGAAACACGUCAAGUAAAUGAAUAAGUGCUAAGGAUGUGGUAGCUCACAUUUGUAAAAUGUUGUUAUUUACAAUUUCAUGAUCUGCUUCAGGCACCUAAUAUAAAAGUGUGCAACUUCUUUGAAUGUUAAUCCAAUAAUUGGUGGGAAAUGUGUAAAGUUGUUACUCAUUUAAUUAUAAAAAUGUUUAAAAAUGAAA